UCUUUGAGUUCAGCUCAUGAAAAAUGGGAGCAAAAACAAAAGUGUUGCAUUUAUAUUUUUGUUCAGUAUAUGAUAAAUACAAAUUAAACUUUAGCGAGCCUACUAGAAUAAUCUAAUAAAUUGCUUUUUCAAUCCACUAGAUACACUUUGUUGCUGCAGAAAAAGAGGUUGAUGACCAGACUAAAAACUUUAUCUUAUAGGAUAAAACCGAUGUUGACAAAGUUUUCCUUUGAGGACAAAAUUUACAGUUUAAAAAAGGUAAUAAAUCACAAUAUUAAUGCAAUAUAUUUUAUCAUGAUACUCAGCAUAUCGCAAUAAUAUUGUAUUGUGACUAAAUGUGAAUCCUCUGGUGAUUCCCACCCCUAGUUAUAAGGGUACCUGCGAGUUUCCCCUUUACAGACACGGCCACUUUAUCUAGUCGCAUGCAUGUGGAGCAAAAAUGAUGCAGUUUUUGUUGCAUGCGGUAUAAAUGUGUAAUUUUGGCCUAGUGUAUUUGGGAAUUUCUGCAUAUGGGGGUCACUUAACAGUCUUAGAACUGCAGGGAAUUGCAUAAAUCAGGUAUGACUGGAAAGCUGAGAUUCUUGUGGAUUCAAUGAGCCCAGUUUUAUUCAUGUGUGAUGAUGUUAGCUCCCAUUGUAGCCAUUUCUUUGAAACAGACCUCCCUGUAUAAAAUGACCCAUAGUGACCUCUAGGAUAAUCACAGCCUCAUGAAACUUUACAACCACAAACUAAAGUCCUGGAGCAUUCAGAGUAUGGAUGGUUUUUGUAGCUAUAUUCACAAUAAGAGGGUUUCUCAGCAGGUUCCAGGACAGAGGUGGUCGCCAUCCAGUCGCCAAAUCUCCAAAUAUCAAAAGUUGUUUAUACCAGAUAACGGCAUGGAUUUUUUUUAUGGUGUUUCUGACGGUCUUGGUGUCUUUAAAUGGUAUUUUGGAGGGAUUUUGACCAUUUUUAUCAAUUCUUGAGGGAUCAAUAAUGCUUAUAUUUAGCAACAAAACUGUGAAACCAAUAGUAUCAACCCAAAAAUGGCUGCAACAACUUAUGAGACACAAUUGAUCACAGGAAUGUCGCUCAUAUACUUCCAUCAUACUCUUCUAAGCCCCUAUACACUGUCAACAUUUUAAUAGGUACCUAACAAAAAACAUAAUGCUAAUUACAUAUUUCUGACUUAUAUAUUUUUUAGCUGCAUUUCAUAUUAAUCUUCAGGUUCCCAGCUUUCAGAUGAUGAUAACACUUCUGCGUGACAUGUACUGCUGAACUGCUGUCUCCACAUAAACAUCCUCUGUCCCUCCCCCAAAAAAUGUGUGUCUUAAAGGGUUAAUUCAUAAAUGUAAAAUACAGCUAUAUUUACCUCUAAAAAAUAAAUAGACAGUAGUAAGGUACCUGAAGUUAUAUAGAACUGUAUUUAGGUGUAUUUUAAUUAAUUUACAGAGCUUCUUAUUAAGAAAUUAAUGCGUCAAUUUGUAAAUUGAUACGUUUUUUAAACUCUGGAUAAUUAAGUAGCCUUCAUUGGUUAAUAAUGUAAUAAGUAAAUACUGAUUAUUAAUUAUUAUUCCGUUAUAUUAUCUUGUAUUAUUCCUUUAUAAUAUGGUACUGUAUUGUUAUAAACAAGGCUGUGAUGAAAGGCAGCGCGUGACUCGCAGCAGCUGCAGCAGGUAAAAGGUGCGCGUGCAGCCGUGCAGGUGAGACCGAGCCACCGUCCCGUCUCACUCUCACUGUUGUUAACUUUAAUUUGUGCGCAGUCUUUCUUCCGUUCUUUAUGUCAUUUCCUGUGAUGAAAAAUGGUGGUCAAAGCUCGGGGAGGCGACCGAGUCGCUGCAAAAAAUUAACGGGAAACUUUGCAUCGUCGGGCGAGCAGCCGCGGAGCCAGCGGCCGGGGUUCGGUGCUCGGCGGCCGGGGGAGGGGAGAGCGGAGCUUCACCCGGGACGGAGGGUCCGUGUCCCCGCUGCGUCUCUGCACAAGAGUUGUGACGUGCUGUUUUCCACCAACAUGGUUCCACCAUGAGCGAGCGGUCGUUGGACCUCUGGUUCUGUGAGGAGUGCCAGGACUAUUUCCAGAAGGAGUGUCCGUCCCACGGGCCCCCGCUGUUUGUCCCCGACACACCUGCGGCCCCAGGGUCGGCCAACAGGGCGGCGCUCACCGUCCCGUCAGGCCUGGAGGUCUUCACCGAGGGGAACGAGGUGGAUGUCCGCUGCCUGGAUCCAAACAUCCCUAAGGGGGCGGUGUUCGGCCCGUACGAGGGAGAGCUGGUGUCCAAGGACAAGUCCUCCGGCUUCUUUUCCUGGAUAAUUGUUGAUUUUAACAACACGUAUCAAUCCAUCGAUGGCAGCGAUGAGACCAAAGCCAACUGGAUGAGGUUCGUGCGGACCUCGUCAGAGGAGAUCGAGAGGAACUUGACAGCGUUUCAACGUGGUAAAAACAUUUACUUCAGAGUGUGUCGGACGCUGGCAGCAGGAGAGAAGCUGAGGGUCUGGUACAGCGACGACUACAUCAAACGACUUCACUGUGUCUCUCAGGAGAGCAUCGACCGCAACCUGGACACAGAUACAGAGAAGCCGACAGCCCUGCCCAACAUUCAAAAGGACCUUAAAUCUUCCUGCCUGCAGUCAGCUCUGCAGGGCAAACCCAGCCCCAGUAAACAACCCAGUGAAGAGUCUGACGGUCAGCCUCCCACCAAGAGGAAGAAGAUCGACCUCAUCUUCAAAGACGUCCUGGAGGCUUCUCUUGAGGACUCCAGUAAGUCUUCCCUCCAAAGUGAGUGCAAAGCGCCAGUCCUCGGGUCCGGGUUCAACUCGUCUGAAGGCGGCUUUAACGUCCCGAACCUGAAGGUGGAGGAGAAAGAGGAGGAGAACCACAGCAGUGAGGAACCCUCCACCUCCUUCUGCCCCAACUGUGUCAAACUGAAGAGGAGGAUCCAGGAGCUGGAGGAGGAGCUGUCCCGAGUCAGAGGAAAACGAGGCAACGUGGUUGGUUCAUCAAUGUCAGAACAGAUCCAGGCGCAACACAAUCAGGCCCCGCCCCAUCCUGAGCAGGGCCCCGUCGAGGAUUUUCAAGUUAUGGAGCCCUUGACGCCCACUCAGGUGGUCCUGGAUGAAGACGACCAGGACGUGGACUCGGCUGAUGAGUCAAUUGCUGCAGAUCUGGUGAUUUCUCCGGAAGACUCACUGAAGCUUUCCUCUGGAGGAGGCCGGCGGAUUCGUCGCUUCAAGCAAGAGUGGCUGAAAAAAUUCUGGUUCCUUCGCUACUCACCGACCCUCAAUGAGAUGUGGUGCCAUGUCUGCCGUCAAUACACCGUCCAGUCAUCCCGAACCUCUGCCUUUAUUAUCGGCUCCAAGCAGUUUAAGAUCCACACCAUCAAGCUCCACAGUCAGAGCAACCUCCAUAAAAAGUGUCUGCAGCUAUACAAGUUGCGCAUGCAUCCAGAGAAGACUGAGGAGAUGUGCAAGAACAUGAUGCUGCUGUUCAAUGCAGCGUACCACCUGGCCAUGGAGGGACGGCCCUUCUCCGACCUCCGUCCACUGGCAGAGCUUCUGAAGAGGUGUGAGCUCAAAGUGGUGGACCAGUACAUGAAUGACGGAGACUGUCAGAUCCUCCUCCACCACAUCGCCCGGGCUUUAAAAGAAGACCUGGCUGAGAAGAUGCGUCUGUCACCUUUCCUAAGUGUCAUAAUGGAUGCCCAAAAUGAUGACCUUUUCUCAGACAUGGUGGCAGUCUACGUUCAGUUCAUUACCAACGAGGGCUCCCCAAACACAGAGUUCCUGUCCUUGCAGAGACUGAGCAUGGCCAGUGUGGACGGAUAUCUGCAGGCUAUGGAUCGAGCCUUUGGCGUCCUCGGCCUCAGGUUUCAGGACUUGCUGGUGGUGGGUCUGGGGGUAGAUGGCACCAACAUCUCUACAGGAAUGAGAGGCAACCUGUACAUAGCUGUACAAAAGACUUUUCCAUGGAUUCUCUGCCUUCCGAUCAUGAUCCAUCGGCCCCAUCUGGAGGUGCUGGAUGCCAUCAGUGGGAAGGAGCUCCCCUGCUUAGAGGAUCUGGAGAACAACCUCAAGCAGCUCCUCAGUUUCUAUCGCUACUCCCCUCGCAUGAUGGCCGAGCUGCGAUCCACUGCUCCAACACUGUCUGAGGAGACAGAGUUUCUUGGGGACAUCAGAGCCAUUCGAUGGAUCAUAGGAGAACCAAAUGUCCUUAACGCGCUCAUCAAAGAUUACCUGGAGGUAGUCGCUCAUCUGAAGGAGAUCAGCAGCCAGACACACAGAGCUGACGCUGCAGCCAUUGCCCUUACCCUCCUCCAGUUCCUCAUGGACUAUCAGUCCGUAAAGCUCAUCUACUUCCUCCUGGAUAUCAUAGCUGUUCUCUCACGAUUAGCCUUCAACUUCCAGGGAGACUACCUGCUGGUGUCACAGGUGGAAGCCAAGAUAGAAGAAGCCAUUCUGGAGAUUGGACAGUUGGUGGACUGCCCCGGAGAGUAUCUGCAGGAGUUUGAGGAAAACUUCCGUGAAAGUUUUAAUGGCGUUGCUCUGAAGAACCUGCGUGUAGCUGAGUCCAAGUUUCAAUCCAUACGGGAAAAGAUCUGCAACAGGAGCCAGGGCAUCCUGUCUCAGAGGUUGGAUCUGCAGAGUCGCUCGUUCGCCAAAGCCUGCAAGGUCCUGGACCUGUCCACCUGGCCUCAGAACCAGGUGGAGCUACAAGCUUACGGGGAGGAAGAAAUCCAGGUGAUAUUAAACCAUCUGGAGUCCGUUCCCUCUGCAGGUCAGGAGGGCUCCAGGGCCGAGGCCAGGGGCAGCCUGGUGGUGGAAUGGAAGGAUCUGAAGGCAGACUACUACAGCAUGAACGGUUUUAAGGAGGUCAUCAGUCACAUCUGCAGGUACAAGCAGCGCUUCCCUCUGCUGAAUCGGAUUGUGCAGGUUGUCAGAGUCCUGCCGAGUUCCACAGCUUGCUGCGAUAAAGGCAGAGGUUCUCUUCAGAAGAUGUGUAGGAACAAUCGUUCCCGGCUGACUCUGGAGCAGAUGAACGACCUGCUGACUGUGGCGGUGAACGGACCGCCAAUCGCUAACUUCGAUGGGAAGCGAGCGCUGGACAGCUGGUUUGAGGAGAAGUCUGGGAGCAGUUACUCUCUGUCAGCUGAGGUGUUGAACAGGAUGUCAGCUGGCGACCAGAAGUCUGUCUUACACAACGUCGACGUCAACACGGAGUUCUACUCUGACAUCUAACAGGCGGACCCAGUGGUGUAGGGCUGCAACAAAAUAACACUACAUCACUGAACUAACGAUAACGACACCAGCGAUUCCAAACCAGGGCUCCUUCUGCAGUUACCAGAGGCUACAUGGAAAGAUUGUGAUGCUCAGCUAAUCUGAAUAAAUCUAAAUUAUGAUUAAGAACACAUAUUAUACAUUUAUAUUUAGAAAAAAUCAACACACAAAUUUGGAUGACAGGAUUACAAAUGUGCAUGAUUCUGAUCUGUAGUAUUUUCACAAUAUCUUACCAACUAUGGUAGUCGGACUGCACAAGACAAGCCACAGCUUUCCACCAAUUAGAGUCAAUCUAUAGGUCGAGUAAAAAUGCAGAAAACCUAGUUAGAAAAAGACUGUAGGGGAACGUGUGACAUAAAAACGGUUUGGAACCACUGAGCUGCAUCACUGGGAAAACCUCAGCUGGAUGGAUAGAUUACAAAACCAGCAGACCGGCCAAGGGGCCCAAAUGUUCAGGGGGCCUUAUGGGCUUCAGCUGCAAAAUGAAACACAAAAUGACCACAAAGACGCACAGAGACAUAAAUGCUAAACAACCACAGUGAGAUGCAAAAUGACUGAAGAGACACAACAUAACUACAAAGAGACGGAAAUUACCACAAAGAGAUAUUAAACAACCACAAAGAGAUGCAAGAUAAACACAGAGACAUACACUGCACACACUGACUACGAACAGUGGCAAAACAACCACAAGACGUGAAAGAACCACAAACAGAUGCAAAAUGACUGAAGAGACACAAAACAGCUACAAAGAGACACUAAAUAACUACACAUAGACUUAGAAAUGACGUCAAAGAGAAGCAAGCAACCACAAAAUGAUGCAAAACGACAAGAGACACAAAAUGUUUACAAAAUGAUGCAAGACAAUGACGAAGAGAUGCAAAACGAUUGAAGAGAUACAAAACAGCUACAAAGAGACACACAUGGACCACAGAACAACCACAAACAGAUGCCAAAAAACCACAAAGUGACACAAAACAUCCACGGGCAAGCAAAAUGACCAUAAAGACAUGCAUCAACUUUAAAGAAACGCAAAACAACUAUAAUGGCAUGCAAAAGAACCACAAAGACGUGCAAAAUGACCGAGUUAAGAGUUAAGUUAAGAGACACAUACUGACCACAAAAGAACUACAAAGAGAUGCAAAUCAAUCACAGGGAUGCAAAACAACCUCGAAGAGACACAAAAUGACUGCAGAGACAAAAAGAAAACACAGAGAUACAAAACAACUACAAAUGCUUGCAAAACUACUACAACAAGAUGCAAAACAACCUCAAAGUGAUGCAAGACGACUACAAAUACACGUAAAACCACCACAACAAGAAUCGAAACAACCACAAAAAUGCAAAAGGACCUCAAAGAGAGACAAGUCAAAACGAUCUUAAAGAAACACAAAACAACUACAGAGGCAAAAAAACACAUGGAGACCAAAAAACUACAAAUACAUGCAAAACUGCCACAAAGAGAUGACAAACAAUUACAACAAGAUGCAAAACAACCUUAAAGGGGUGGAAGGAUGACUACAAACAGAGGCAAAACAACCAUAAAGAGACUCAAAGCAACCUCAAUGAAACACAAAACGACUACAGAGGCAAAAAACAACUAUAAAUUCAUGCAACACUACCACAUAGAGAUGAAAAACAAUCACAAGAUGCAAAACACUUGUAAAGAGGCGCAGGAUGACUACAAACAGAGGCAAAACAACCACAAGGAGACACAAAACAACUACAAAUACAUGCAAAACCACCACAAAAACACGCCAAACAACUACAGAGACAUAAAAGGACCCUUAAAGAGACGCAAGACGACUACAAACAAAGGCAAAUCGACCACAAA